AUUUGAUCAAUCAUUGCAAUAACUUUGGAAAAAAACUAAACUAUCUCAUUAUAUUAUCAUGUCAAGAGUACAUCCAUUGAUAGUUGGUCGUGUGAUAGGAGAUGUUUUAGAUCCAUUCACAGGGUCUGUUGAUCUUAGAGUUGUUUACAAUAAUAGAGAAGUGAACAAUGCAUGUGUGUUGAAACCUUCUCAAGUUGUUAAGCAACCUAGGGUUCAUAUUGGAGGGGAUGAUCUUCGCAACUUUUACACUCUGGUUAUGGUGGAUCCUGAUGCUCCAAGUCCAAACAACCCUAACUUGAGGGAGUAUCUACACUGGUUGGUCACAGAUAUCCCAGCAACUACAAAUACAAGCUUUGGCAAAGAAGUUGUAUGCUACGAGAGUCCAACACCUUCAAUGGGAAUUCAUCGAUUUGUUUUCGUGCUAUUUCGACAAUUGGGACGUGAAACUGUGUAUGCCCCAGAUUGGCGUCAGAAUUUUAACACAAGAGACUUUGCUGAGCUUUACAAUCUUGGUUUGCCUGUUGCAUCAGUUUACUUCAAUUGUCAUAGGGAGAAUGGUACCGGUGGACGUCGCGCAUAAAAAUUAAUUAUCACUUUUAUAUAUUUUUAGUAAAUAAAGUUUUUAGCAAUAUGGGUCGCAAAAUCUUAGUGAUGUUACAAGAUUUAGGGGCGACAUCAAAUCGAAAGAGUGUUGCAGGAAGAUACAUAUGCACUUUGCUAGCAAUAAUGUGUGAAAUUUCAAUACAAGGAGUCUAAUCACAGCUAUAAGAAUCGGAAUUUCCGACAAACUUUUCGUCGAAUUGUACUUGUCGGAAUUGUUUUCGACGGAUUUCCCAUCGGAAAAUAAGCAUCUGUGGAAAAUUUUGAUUUUUCUAGUAGUGACUAUUUUUAUGUAAAAACCUAUAGAUGAUUGGUGUCUAGUACUAAUUGGGUUGUCUCA